GGUGGGCACGCGAGCCCAUUUCCCACUCACUAAGCACUCAUUCAGCCACCCCCAGUCAAUAGCAGUCCUUCAUUUAAUACUACCUCAUCCGCAGUGUCGUUCAAUGUUUCCUCUUGAUCAUGACCUUCUUCUUGACCUUUUGUACAUUUUAGACAAUCGCACAAAUUAGCCAUUCUUCCAUCUUGCGUUUUGCUCUUAUCAAGCCUAGAAAAUACAUCCCAACACUCGAAUUGUUGGCGAGCACGAGACCACUUACCAGCUUCGCCAAUUGAAGGCCGACGUCUACCAAGAUGAUCUCGUCAUACCUCAACCCCAUCCCUACUCUACCCAAACCUCUGGGACCGCAUAAAGUUGGCACGACAGAAUGGGAGAUUCCUUCUUCAGAAAUCCCUUCUUCAGCGCCUGUACCUGACUCUAAGAUCUCAACAAUCAAGUUCCGCAUAUACUACCCUACGACCGACGAUGCCUCCUCCAAGGUGUCAGUACCGUGGCUACCGCAGCCGCAAGGAACAUGGCAAAAGGCAUACGCCGCAUUUUUAGGAUUCAAGCCUCGAGUCCAAUCUAUUCUAUCUGCCCUACCUUUCACCCUCAACUAUACAAACAUCCCUGCUGUGGCAGACGCUCCCUUAUUACCAAGAGAAAAAUCAUCUACAUACCCAGUGGCCAUAUUUUCCCAUGGCCUAGGAGGCAAUUAUAAUACCUACAGCUCAGUAUGCACAUCGCUAGCAAGUUUUGGCAUUGUGUGCGUGGCUCCCGAGCAUAGAGACGGCAGCGCCCCAGUCUCCCUUAUCCGCUCAUCAGACGGCUCAAUUGUUGAAACAAUACCUUACCAGAAGCACGCGCACACGCCGACCACUGAAGUCCUCAAUUCACGAAAUGCCCAGCUGCGCAUCCGACUGUGGGAACUCGACCAGCUUUUCUCAGUGCUUUCAAGCCUGAACGAGGGAAAAAACUUCUCCAACUACGCUUAUCCGGAGAAUAAAGCCCCUGAAAAUCCCUCUUUCAAGGGCACCCUUGACUUCCAGCCAGGGCAUGUCACAUGGGUCGGCCACUCUUUUGGAGCCGCAACCAUCGCCCAGUUCGUCAAAUCAGUCUACUACCACGAGUCCAUGCCCUCACUGAAAGGCACGCCGUAUGAAAAUGACCUCGACUGGCGACCAAUCUACAAAGCAUCCAGCAACAGCGAGUUGGUCAAACAAAUCACACCGGAGUCGCCGAUCGGCUUUCUCGAUCUUUGGACGAUGCCCCUACGCUCCGACCUGACAAAGUGGCUCUGGGAGCGGCCUCUGCCAUGUUACGACCGCAAAGUGGCCCCAGAGAGCGACCACGCCACGCCCAAUGUGGUUGCAGUCGUAACGGCAGAAUUUUACAAGUACACCGAACUGCUUAACCGAAUGAAAGCAGCGCUGUCAGCCAAGCCCGCCGAGAUUGCCGUUUUGCUUGACCGCCGAAACCCACCCAAAGAGCCAAAGUUUGAUGCCGCAACCAUCCUGACACCGCCCAACAAAGCCGCUGCGCUCGAGCCCGAACUCGACGAUGAGCUAGACUUGACUGCCAACGAAGAUGUUGGUGACAACGCAACCUCAUCAACGUCCACAUCUUCCGUGCAAAGCCGUGCUUCUUCCCCGAGUCCCAGCGAGACCUCCAGCGUAAGUUCUGCGGCAAGCUCAAAUCAGAUGGAAAGCAGCGCAUCCUUGUCAACUACUUCGUUUGCACCAGCCAUCGAGAGUACUUUGAAGAGCCCCACAGAACCGAAACUCUUCCUCAUUCCAGAGAGCGCGCACCUCUCGCAAUCCGACUUCGGCGUUCUCUUCCCACGAUUGACGAGAUAUCUGAUGAACGCGCAAGAACCCAUUGAGACUAUUCAUUUGAAUGUCCGCGCGAUUCUGGCCGCCAUGAGAGGCAUGGGCCUGGUAAUCGAGGCUUAUACAAAGGGCGAAGACAGUGAGGCCGAGAUCGACGAGAUUCUCACCGAUCGGUGCCCAGAGAAGAGAUUUGUUCCUCAAUCACUCGUUGAGUGAAUCUAAACACAUAGAACUUGCAAAUGAUACCCCCGGUCAGCUGCAAGAUGACUGGAAUCACGAAAGGCGAAUGUAUGGCGUUUUCACAUAUUGGCGAAAGGUUUUAUUUUCGACUGUGUCAUCAUGAUGGCGGAAAUGAAGGGAAGGAAGAUAUGUGCAGCAUACUGCGUCUGGUUGCAUCUGCAUAGCGAAACAUAGCAUAGCGCUUUUGUAUAAAUGACUUACGGACAAUUGACGAGAUUUGACAGUACGAUAUUCGUUCGAAUUCUUUGAUUCUCGCUAUGCUAUCAUAUUUGUAGUCUAGACCUAUCGCAGAAUGAGCAAAUGAAACCUGUAUCGUGC